ACCACAUAACUGCAAUAAAAACAGAGCGGCAAUCUUACGUUAGUCUUUAUCAAUUUCCAUUCUGACGGGUUUUCAACGGUCUUCACAAUCUGAGUUUCCAAUUUCAAUCCCUACAUCAACUCCUACGCCCGCCUCUCUACACCUCACUUUCGCAGCCUUUAUAAAUACGACUAUAGAAGUAUUUUUUUGGAGUAUUCCUUUUUAUUAUCCAAAUCCAAUCAAUCUAUAUGCAAUCCUCUCCAUUUUGAAUCCAACUUUCGAUUUUUGCCUCUAAUUCAGAACCCUAAAAUUCUGAGAAAAAUCAAAUAAUGGAUGAGCAGAACAGAGAUAAUGGUCCUAAGAUUACCAAAUCGAUUAUCAAUGCUCCUACGAAUCCAAUGGUUACGCCGCUUCUUACCGAUCUUUAUCAGUUUACUAUGGCUUAUGCUUAUUGGAAAGCCGGCAAGCAUAACGAGCGCGCUGUGUUUGAUUUGUUUUUCCGAAGGAAUCCUUUUGGUGGUGAGUUUACUGUAUUUGCUGGAGUAGAAGAGUGCAUACGAUAUAUUGCCAACUUCAAAUUUACGGAAGCGGAGAUUGAUUUCGUUCGGGAUGCUAUGCCCGGUAAAUGUGAGGAGGGCUUUUUUGAUUAUCUUCGACAACUAGAUUGCUCUGAAGUUGAAGUAUAUUCUAUUCCUGAGGGAUCAAUUGUUUUUCCAAGGAUACCUCUUCUAAGGGUUGAAGGACCUGUUGGUGUGGCACAACUAUUGGAAACAACCCUUGUCAACCUUGUCAACUUUGCAUCUCUGGUGGCUACUAAUGCUGCAAGGCAUCGGAUUGUGGCGGGAAAAUCCAAAAUGUUACUUGAAUUUGGUCUUAGACGAGCACAGGGGCCGGAUGGAGGAAUUAGUGCGUCGAAAUACUGUUAUCUGGGUGGUUUUGAUGCUACAAGCAACGUCUCAGCUGGAAGAUUGUUUGGAAUACCACUUAAGGGAACACAUUCACAUGCCUUUGUUAGCUCAUUUAUGAGUCUUGAUGAGAUUUUGGAGAAGUCACUUCGAAGUGCCGAUGGUUCAACUUUGUGUGAGGACUUCGUCAAUCUGGUCCAAACUUGGUUAAACAAAAUUCAGAGAACAAAGUUCUAUGGUGGCUUUGGUGAGACAAACUUAAGCGAGUUAGCAGCUUUUACCUCAUAUGCCCUGGCAUUUCCCGAAAAUUUUCUAGCACUGGUGGACACUUAUGAUGUUUUGAGGAGUGGAGUUCCGAAUUUCUGUGCGGUGGCUUUGGCGCUCAAAGAUUUAGGGUACAAGGCCAUGGGCAUUAGAUUGGACUCUGGUGACCUGGCAUACUUGUCUUGUGAGGCUCGUAAGUUUUUUCAGGCAAUUGAGAGUGAGUUUGGAGUAACGGGUUUUGGAAACACGACUAUUACUGCGAGCAAUGAUCUUAAUGAAGAAACUUUAGAUCAUUUGAACAAACAGGGUCAUGAGGUAGAUGCAUUUGGAAUAGGGACCUAUCUUGUUACAUGCUAUGCUCAAGCAGCAUUAGGUUGUGUGUUCAAGCUUGUUGAGAUUAAUAAUCAGCCCCGUAUGAAGUUAUCUGAAGAUGUUUCAAAGGUAUCUAUUCCAUGUAAAAAACGAUGUUACAGAUUGUAUGGGAAAGAAGGAUACCCCCUAGUAGAUUUGAUGGUAGGAGAAAAUGAGCCUGCUCCAAAGGUAGCAGAGAGGAUUCUCUGUCGGCACCCAUUUAAUGAAUCCAAACGAGCUUAUGUAGUGCCACAGCGAGUUGAGGAGUUAUUGAAAUGUUAUUGGAGUGGUAGCUCAGAUAAAAUGAGAGAAGAUAUGCUCCCUCUUAAAGAUAUCCGAGAUCGGUGCAUAAGGCAGCUGGAGCAAAUGCGUCCUGACCACAUGCGGAGAUUGAAUCCUACUCCAUACAAGGUGAGUGUGAGUGCAAAACUGUAUGAUUUCAUACACUUCCUAUGGCUCAAUGAAGCGCCAGUCGGAGAAUUACAAUGAAGUUGCGUAGACAGUAGGCGAAGAUGGCAAUAUAUGCAUGUGGAUCACAAAUUGGCAUUUGAGUUAAUAAUUGGAAGUUCAAUGCAAAGAAUCUCAUAUUUUUAUGUACAUGUAAAAUCAAAAUUGUAUUUUCUUCCCUAUCUAUUUUUCCAGCUGUAAUUUUUUCUAAGAAACUAAAUAAUAGUUUUUAUUUUGGGGUCAUUUUGUUAGCAUUUGUUGAUUGUAUACGUUUAAAGCCUUUCUGAGUUAUAUAAUUAUUUAAGCAAUAAA